AACAGUGACAUAUGUUUUAUUUAAAGAAAACAAAGAUUCAAGUGCGUGGCUGUCGAUUCAUCUCUCACCCACUUUCUCAACAAAACAAGAACACGAAUUAGCAGUUAAUCUCAGGGUUGGGUUGAUUUGAGCUUUGUUGGUCUUGGGGGAGAGAGAGAGAGAGAGAGAGAGAAGAAAACAGGGGAUCAUGGCCAGAAGAAACAAUGGAGAAAAGAGAGACGAGAGUGUGGCAGUGGCAAUCGACAAGGACAAAAGCAGCCAAUACGCUUUGAAAUGGGUUGUUGAUCAUCUUAUGUCCAGGGGUCAAACUAUAACUCUUCUCCAUGUUAAAACCAAACCUUCUUCCAUUCCCACCCCAACUGGGAACCACGUGAACAUUUCCAACGUCAACGACGAUGUUGCAAAAGCGUAUAAGCAACAACUCGACAACCAAGCCAAGGAGGUCUUUCUACCUUUCCGAUGCUUCUGCUCCCGAAAGGAUAUAAAAUGUAAUGAAAUCAUCCUGGAGGAUACCGACAUCGCUAAGGCCUUGAUUGAUUUCGUCUUAUCCUCAUCAAUCGAGACUUUAGUACUUGGCGCACCGUCAAAAAGCGGCUUUGUGAGAAGAUUCAGGACAAGCGAUGUACCAACUAAUGUCUCAAAAGGGGCUCCCGAUUACUGCACGGUAUAUGUGAUUGGCAAAGGGAAGAUCUCAUCUGUGCGAUCUGCUUCUGCUCCCCCUCCGACAAGACCACUCCCCCCACGUGCUCACUCGCAAACCCAACCUGCUAACGUUCUUGAACCCACGGAUGCCCCUUCCGCGACCGCAUAUAACCCCAGAUACAGAGGUGAUAGGCCCCAACAUCCACCCCGCAACAUGCCUGAAGAUAUGGAAAUCAGGUCACCAUUCACAAGAGGUCAUAUCAAAUAUGAGCCCUCAAUUCCUGACUCUGACAUAUCAUUUGUAAGUAGUGGAAGGCCAAGUACAGAUCGCAUGUUCCCUUCGUUGUAUGACAAUCUGGAAUAUGGAACUCCUCGGCUUUCAGUCAGCUCUGAUUAUGACAACAGAAGCUUUGGGUCAUCGUAUUCAGGAAACAGGUCCAUGGAUUUCAGUUCUUCACAAUACGAGCUCUCGUCAAGCUCACUGGAAAGUGGGAGGACAUCAUGGUCAUCUCAGAAUAUGAUACAGGAUAGAAAAUCAUGCUCAACUGUUCAGAUGCCACAGGAUGAUGUGGAAGCUGAAAUGAGAAGACUCAGACAAGAGCUCAAGCAGACAAUGGAUAUGUACAGUGCAGCCUGCAAGGAAGCACUCACAGCAAAGCAGAGGGCAAAAGAACUUCAUAGUUGGAAACUGCAAGAAGAACAAAAAAUAGAAGAGGCACGACUAUCUGAGGAAGCUGCAUUGUCACUUGCAGAGAAGGAGAAAGCAAAAUGUAAGGCAGCCAUAGAGGCAGCCCAAGCAGCUCAACGGAUUGCUGAACUAGAGGCGCAUAAGAGAAUAAAUGCAGAAAAGAAAGCCAGCAAAGAAGCUGACGAGAGGAAAAUGGCAAAAAAAAGUUUAGGACAUGAUCUCAGGUAUAGGAGAUAUACAAUUGAAGAGAUUGAAGCAGCAACAGAGCAUUUCUCGCCAUCUCGCAAGAUAGGAGAAGGAGGUUAUGGGCCAGUUUACAAAUGCAACCUGGACCAUACGCCGGUUGCAAUAAAAGUUCUACGUCCAGAUGCAGCCCAAGGAGAAUCACAGUUUCAUCAAGAGGUUGAAGUGUUAAGCUGCAUACGGCAUCCAAACAUGGUUCUCCUCCUUGGAGCCUGCCCAGAGUAUGGCUGCCUAGUCUACGAAUACAUGGCUAAUGGGAACUUAGAAGAUCGCCUCUUUAGGCGCAAUAACACUCCAGUGCUUCCCUGGCAAGUAAGAUUCCGAAUUGCUGCAGAGAUUGCGACUGGUCUCCUUUUCCUCCACCAAACCAAACCAGAGCCACUUGUGCACCGUGACCUGAAACCUGCCAAUAUUUUGCUUGACCGCAACUAUGUCAGCAAGAUUAGCGAUGUUGGCUUGGCUAGGCUUGUUCCUCCAUCUGUUGCCAACUCUGUCACUCAGUAUCAUAUGACAUCAACAGCUGGAACAUUCUGUUACAUAGAUCCAGAGUAUCAACAAACUGGAAUGCUAGGGACAAAAUCUGAUAUUUACUCUCUCGGGAUCUUGCUUCUACAAAUAAUAACUGCCAAGCCACCAAUGGGUUUGACUCAUCAUGUUGAACAUGCUAUUGAGAACGGAUCCUUUGCUGAGAUACUAGACCCGGCUGUGCUUGACUGGCCAGUGGAAGAGGCCUUGAUCUUUGCCAAGCUAGCCCUUAAAUGUUCAGAGCUGAGGCGAAAAGACAGACCAGAUCUGGGACAGGUCGUGUUGCCUGAGCUUAACAGAUUGAGAGCUCUUGGUGAGGAAAACAUGCCUUUUAUUACGCCUGGCGGCAGUGCAGGGCCCUCACCAAAUCACAGCCAAGCUUCCACCUCCUCAAAUCAGGAUUUUCUUAGUGACCCUCAGUCCCUCCAAUCUGGAUACGAUAGCUCAAGGAGCCGCUCAAACACAUCAUCUUUCAUUGGGAGACGAUAAACUGCGAAGACCGGUCUUAUGGAACUAGCCAAACCAGUGCCAGAAUUCAACACAGGGAGCCCAAGUUUGUAAUAAAAAUAGAAGUUCAGAAUUCC